UUGUACGAGAAGGCAAAACACUCAACAAAAAUCCAAAAUGCCGACGAAAAAGAAAAAAUUCAACGCUCGUUUUCCACCGGCUCGUAUAAAGAAAAUCAUGCAAACAGACGAUGAUGUUGGGAAAGUAGCAGCACCAGUUCCCGUCAUUAUUUCCAAAGCACUUGAAAUGUUCAUGCAGACGUUGGUAGAAAAAGCUUGUCUAUAUACUCAAUCUCGUAACGCAAAAACCCUAACUACUGCUCAUAUCAAAAAGUGUAUCAACUCUGAGCAACAGUUUGAUUUUCUCAAAGAUUUGGUUGAAAAAAUACCAGAUUUGCCUGAGAAUGAAGAGGAAGUUGAGGGAGAACCUAAACCAAAACGGAGAAAACAGCAACCUUCAAAUAAAGAGAAAGACAGACCAAAAAGAAAAAGAAAAAAUAAAAAGGAAGAGGAAAGAAUAGAUAUGUCUGAUGAUUCUGACGAUGAUCAAGAGGAAGAAGAACCGGACACGGACGAAGAUGUGUCUGGGUCUUCAGAAAGUCACAGUAACCAUGGAAAUAUCCAUACAAAUAAUAUUUCUGUAUCUUCCAAUUAUGCCUCAUCUGCUGGACCGGCAUCCAAACGUCCAAAUCUCCCAGUAAUCACUGUUACCAAACCUGAGACUGACAAUGACGACAUUUUUGAUUCCCUACCUUCAACAUACAAGCCGACAUUAAAUAACAUAUCAACAUCGUGCCAGUCUAUAGAAGAAGAGGAUGAUGACUAUGAUUCAUGAAAAGAGUGGCUCUUUUCAAUUUGUUAAUUUUACUUGUUGGUUAGAUACCUCUUUGUAUAGUGGGAAACAGAAUAUAUCUCUUCUGGCUUGACUAAAAUCGUGAGCUAUUUUUACACAUAUAUCUGUUCAAUAGUCUUUCAUUAUAUCAAGGCUUUCUGUAAUGAAACUACAAAUAUACCAAGAUAUUCAAUACAACUUAACAAUUUUAUUGUGAAAGACCGUCACGAGAUUGGAUAUUCAUUUGAAUCCAAUAUGGUAGCCAGAACAAGGUUUUUAAGAUACUGUACUGACAGAUUAAAUGUUUAUAUGCACAUAGCCUUGAUGCCAGGUCUAUCUUGGUUUUUGAUAAGCUCAGAAGUGUUCCAGUAUUAUGUUUCCCACUCAUACAAUCUUAUGAUGUGACCACAUGAUUUGCAUGAGGUCUGUGUAACAAUGAACAUACUUUCUGUUUUGACAAAUGUUGAACAUUUUUUAUUUGUACUGAUUUUGUUCUUUUAUACUGGAACUGAUGAAUAAUGAAAAUGGUGUUUUAGACUUGACUUUUGACCACUUACUAAUAGUAACUUUACCAGCAUGUUAUUGACAUCUUACCAACCACUUUACAAUCACUUAGUGACACCCUACCAACCACUUACCAAUGCCUUAAUGACACCUCACCAACCACUUACCAACACAUUGAUACCUUACCAAAACCUUAUUGGCACACCUUAACAACCACUUAACAACCAUUUAAUUACACCCUACCAACAUGUUAACUAUUGACACCUUACCAACCACUUAACACAACCUUAUGACACCUUACCAACACCUUAUUGACACCUUACCAACUGCUUACCAACACCUUAUUGACACCUUACCAACCACUUAACACAACCUUAUGACACCUUACCAACACCUUAUUCACACUUAACCAACUGCUUACCAACACCUUAUUGACACCUUACCAAACCCGGAUUGUUCAAUUAAGCAGGCUCUAUGUGUAUCAAAAUGAUUUAUGUACAUUUUUAAAUUGCAUAAAAGUAGAAAACCAAGUGAUCUAGAUUGUAGAAUGUAUAUUGCUUUUUCACUACCGUUUGUACAGACGUUUCAAAAAUAAACUUAUUAUUUUUAAACAAAAA